AAAACAAAACAAAAAAAAAAAAAGACAAAUGUCCCUCCACGAAGCCCUCCAAGCACUCGGCCCAACAACAUGGGACGAAAUCCCCAAAUCCCAACCUGACCUCCGCGCCUACCUCUCCACCCUCGCCCAACAAGCCAGCACCAUCAUCGCCUCCGUCCCUGAACCUGCCCCUUCAUCCUCGCACGACGACGACGACCACCACCACCACCACAAGAAAGAGCAGCAGAAUAAGCACGGGCAUGCAUAUACAGUGACGCCGUCAUCCACCCGCCUUGGCACCACAAACCCCGAAAUCCUAUCGCUGCAGAAACAAUGGGGUAAACCGCUUAAACCGGGGAAUUCGCGUGAUAAUCCGCAGGAAAUCCCAUUGUUUAAGUUGCAGGCUGGUGAUGGGAAGGCGACGUGGUUUGGACGGAGGAGUGUGCAUGAGGGAAUGCCGUUUGGGCGGUGGAGGGGGAAGUUGUCUUCUGAGCUUGAGGAGACGCUGCGGUUGAAUGAGGGGAGGGUGGAGAAGGGGCUGGCGCCGGAUAAAGUUGUUAGGGGGUUGGGGGCUGCGAGGAGGGUCGAGAGUGUUGAUGUUCGUGAAGAGGGGGAGGGUGAGGGGGGGAAGGUGAUUGGGGGUGUCAAGGUUUAUGAUAUCUGUGCGCAUUUUCCUAAGCCUACUACAGCGAGGGAUUUCGUGCAGGUUAGUGUGAGUUGGGAGGAGGGUGUUGAUACGCUUGAGAAUGGUGAUGGAGGGACAAGACGGUGUCGGAGUUGGUUGUCGAUUUCAAAACCGUGCACGCAUCCGGAAUUGCCGCCUCAGGAUGGGUAUAUUCGGGGGCAGUAUGAUUCGUUGGAGUUUAUUAGGGAGGUUCCUCCCGUUUCUUCGGAUGAUGGGAAAAGUGUAACGGCGAGUGAUCCGAAUCUCGCCCAGCAUGAGGGUAUUUCGGAGUCGUCGAGAGACAGCAAGAAGGGGAGGAAGAGGGAGAAGACGGAUACUGCUGCGGAAGAGAAACAGAGUGAGGCUGCUGACAGCAUCGUUGAAGACAACGAGGCGAACCCCUACCCCGUUGAAUGGAUCAUGGUUACUAGAAGUGACCCCGGGGGAAGUAUCCCCCGGUGGGUGAUCGAAAAAGGAACACCCAAGAGUAUCUGGGGCGAUACAGUCAAGUUCAUUGACUGGGCUAGUCGCGAUGACGAGAAGGAUGAUAGUAAACCAUCCAGCUUGCACAGCGGCGCCAAGGGGUCCAACGUGAACAGAAUUCUCAGCAACGAAGACGAAGACGAAAAUGGAGAAGACGAGAUCCAUGAACAAGAACAGCGCAACGGCCUCAUCGCCAACUUUGCAUAUCUGCUAAAUGCAGGAAUAGAGCGCUACGCACCACAAGCUAUUCUCGACUACGUACCCUACCAGCGCAGAUCCUCACUCAGUUCUGACUCCGGUUCCGAAGAAUUUGACGACGCAUUGUCUACAGCAAGCACGCGGUCUAGUUUGAAACGGAGGAGUAGCUCCAAGACUCGCAGGGAAACAGAAUCGCAGAAAGAGGGCUCUGAUAUCAGCCAUACCAAUAUCGCGCCUGUUGAUCUAAUGCAGAUGGAUAAGAAAACCGGAAAGCUGAAUUCGCAUGAGAGACACCUGGCCAAACUUGCACAAAGGAAGCGCGAUGUCCAGGCUAAAUUGGAGGCUGUACGGACGGAGAUUGAAGCCUUGCGGUUAGACGCAAAUGCCAACGCUAAUGCUUCCGUCGAUGAAAAAGAGAAAGAAACAGACAAAGAAAAGGAAAAGAGAGAGAAACGGGAGAGAAAGGAGAAAGAGAAGCAGGAGAAGCAGGAGAGAGAAAGAGAGAAGAAAGAAGAAAAGGAGCGGGAGAAGAAAGAAAAGCAAGAAAAGCGCAAGAGCAGAAAAGCUGGAGAAGAACCUCCCGCCCCCGAAGUCCAAACACAACCCCAACCCGACGGCACAACAGCCCCAGACUCCGACUCCAAAAGCACAACCACAAACAACAACCAACCCCCUUCCGAAGAUCUCCCCCGCCCCAGCGAAAAACAAGAACGCCCCAAACACGCCCGCACAGUCUCAACAGCAUCGCACCGCUCCGCCGCGCAAAUCCACAAAGCAGCCUCCGGCCUCUUCGCCCAAGAAUCCAAACUUCUCAAACAACUCGGCAAGAUCGAGCAGGAUCAACUCAAGGAGGCAUCGAAGAUCGAAGCGAGACAAAAGAAACAGGUCGAGAAGGAGGAGAAAUCACGGUCGAGAAUGGAGAUGGAUGGGAUAAAGAAGGAGGUUGAUGAGCUGAAGAAGGAGGUUGAAAAGUUGAGGAAUGAAAGGCAGCAGUGGCAGGAUUUGGUGGCGAGUUUGCAGGGGGAGAAUCAGAGGUUAGGGGGGCAGGGGCAAGUUGAGAGUUAGGGUGGUUAAGUGGUUGAGAUUGGGGGAUGGACUUCUGGGUUUCUUGGAUGUAUAUUUGGAUGUAUAAUAGCGUGCCAUAGUAUGUAUUUGGAUUGAUAUUGUACAGUUUGUUUGAUUAAGAAGCGUUGAAUACAGAUUCCACUCAAACCUUCC